UCGGUGACGUAGUUCCGCUCUGCUGGGCGCGCGCGGUGGACUGACUGGAAAAGCACCGCUCUGUUAUCGCUGUGGUUCCGCCGCUCCCGAGCCCGGCAUGGCUUCGUCACGAGCGUCCUCCACGGCAACCAAAACUAAAGCACCUGAUGACUUAGUUGCUCCUCUUGUGAAGAAACCACACAUCUAUUAUGGAAGUUUGGAAGAGAAGGAGAGAGAGCGGCUGGCCAAGGGAGAGUCUGGGAUUUUGGGGAAAGAAGGACUUAAAGCAGGAAUUGAAGCAGGAAAUAUUAAUAUAACCUCUGGAGAAGUGUUUGAAAUUGAAGAGCACAUCAGUGAACGACAGGCAGAAGUAUUGGCUGAAUUUGAGAGAAGGAAGCGAGCCCGGCAAAUCAAUGUUUCCACGGAUGACUCAGAGGUCAAGGCUUGUCUUAGAGCCUUGGGGGAACCCAUCACACUUUUUGGAGAGGGCCCUGCUGAAAGAAGAGAAAGGUUAAGAAAUAUCCUCUCAGUAGUUGGUACUGAUGCCCUAAAAAAGACUAAAAAAGAUGAUGAGAAGUCCAAGAAGUCCAAAGAAGAGUAUCAGCAAACUUGGUACCACGAAGGACCAAACAGCCUGAAGGUGGCUAGACUGUGGAUUGCUAAUUAUUCACUGCCUAGGGCAAUGAAACGCUUGGAAGAGGCCCGUCUCCAUAAAGAGAUUCCUGAGACAACCAGGACCUCUCAGUUGCAAGAGCUACACAAGUCUCUCCGGUCUUUGAAUAAUUUCUGCAGUCAGAUUGGGGAUGAUCGGCCCAUCUCCUACUGUCACUUUAGUCCAAAUUCCAAAAUGCUGGCCACAGCUUGUUGGAGUGGGCUUUGCAAGCUCUGGUCUGUUCCUGAUUGCAACCUCCUUCACACUCUGCGUGGCCAUAACACAAACGUAGGAGCAAUUGUAUUCCAUCCCAAAUCCACUGUCUCCUUGGAUCAAAAAGAUGUCAACCUGGCCUCUUGUGCUGCUGAUGGUUCUGUGAAGCUCUGGAGCCUUGACAGCGAUGAACCAGUGGCAGAUAUUGAAGGCCAUACAGUACGUGUGGCCCGGGUGAUGUGGCAUCCAUCGGGACGUUUCCUAGGCACCACGUGCUAUGACCGUUCAUGGCGCUUAUGGGAUUUAGAGGCUCAAGAGGAGAUCCUGCAUCAGGAAGGCCACAGCAUGGGUGUGUAUGACAUUGCCUUCCAUCAAGAUGGCUCUUUGGCUGGCACUGGGGGACUGGAUGCAUUUGGUCGAGUUUGGGACCUGCGCACAGGACGCUGUAUCAUGUUCCUAGAAGGCCACCUGAAGGAAAUCUAUGGCAUACAUUUCUCUCCUAAUGGCUACCACAUUGCAACUGGCAGUGGUGAUAACACCUGCAAAGUGUGGGACCUUCGACAGCGACGCUGCAUCUACACCAUACCUGCCCAUCAGAACUUGGUGACUGGUGUCAAGUUUGAGCCUAUACAUGGGAACUUCUUGCUCACCGGUGCCUAUGAUAACACAGCUAAGAUCUGGACCCACCCAGGUUGGUCCCCUCUGAAGACUCUGGCUGGCCACGAAGGCAAAGUGAUGGGCCUGGAUAUUUCUUCUGACGGACAGCUCAUAGCCACUUGUUCGUAUGACAGGACCUUCAAGCUCUGGAUGGCUGAAUAAGCAAGACCAUGGAAAAAGGACUUGAGCCUCAAGCUCUCCUUUAGGAGCCAUUUUUCUCUAAAGAUUGAUGUGGUUUUUUCUAUCAUGUUUUCUGCCAAUUACCAUGUGUAGACCCUCUGUAGAAUUGGGUUUCCAUGUCAGCUCCCACUCCAGGCAGGCAGGCCAUUCCUAGGUGAUGGCGAAUCCCUUUCAUGGUUGAAAAUUUAAUUCUCACCUUGAGGCCCUGCCAUGAACUAUGUAGACGUUGUUUUUAUUUAGUCUUUUGUUUGAGGGCCCUCUGGCCUCCCUCACAACACUGAAGAUUGUGGUGGACUCUUUCCAUUUUGAAUCCUUGGAAUUCGGCUCUCCGUAACGUGGUACAUGCUCCAGGACCACAAGUGAGUCCAAGAACAAGGUGGCUGGACUGCGGUUUGGAAGCCUUGAGGAAAGGCCCAUCUCACCAUGCAUUGGUUCAACAGUGCUUGACAGCAGCACCUCCUUGGGAAUGGGGGGUGACGCCAUCGACCACAGCUAUGCCAAUGGUGAUACAGGAGAGAAGACAUUACUCUUCGAGUUUACGUGGAAUGCUGACUGCAUCAGGAAGCUUCGGGAAACGCAGAACUGAACAUUUGCCUUGUCAGAAACAUUUCCCUUUCACUUUGAAAUUUGGCAUACUUUGUGUUACUUUAAAGCAGGGCCAUUGUGUCAGAAUUCAAAGAAAUUUUUAGAAAGUAAAUAUGAUGUCUCCAUUGUACAGCCUUUUCUCCUAUUUAUUUAAAGGAUAUACUUAUACUUUAUUUUAAGGAUAUACUUCUGUGUAUUCUUUAAAUACAUGCUUCAUGUCAAAGUAGCUGAAAAAAAUAAUCCUUAAUGGCUACUUUUAAAUAAUUUUUUCCAUAGUUAAAUAUUUUCUGAAUCCCAGUCAUUGGUCCAUAAGAGAUCCUAUUUUUACUU